AUGGAAAUGCUUAUCAGGAGUGAAGCGAAGAGGAAGUGGAACUUCAUCAAGGCCUUUGGGUUCAUUCUGCUGCUGUGUGUCUACAGGGUAGCAUUGAUGGGAAAGGAGGAUUCGGGGGAGCUGGACUUCAGCGGCUUGCUCAAGAAGAGGGCUACGCAGACGAACGCAGGGCCUGAUGUGGAUGUCUGGGAGAUUCUCAAGAAGGCCCCUGUAACAGAUUAUGAGAAGAUUGCCUUCCAGCACGGCAUCACAGACCUGCGGGGCAUGCUCAAGAGACUGAAAAAGAUGAAGAAAGAAGAGAAGAAAAGUGAAGCCUUCAACAAGAAGCUGGAUCCUGCCUACCAAAUAGAGAAGGGCCAUAAAAUUAAGUUAGCCAUUGAAGUGACUGAUACAAACGCCUUGGUGAAGUGGAUGAAGAAUGGACAGGAGAUUCAGCCCACUGGAAGCAAGUACAUCUUCGAGAGCGUUGGCAACAUGCGCUACCUCACCAUCAACCACUGUUCCCUGGCUGACGACGCAGCCUACACCUGCGUGGUGGGAGAGGAGAAGUGCACCACUGAGCUUUUCGUCAAAGAGCCUCCCGUAACCAUCGUGAAGGACCUGGAAGAUCAGAUGGUGAUGGUGGGAGAGAGGGUGGAGCUGGAGUGUGAGGUGUCCGAGGAGGGAGCUCCUGUCAAGUGGGAGAAAGAUGGCGUGGAACUGACAAGAGACGAGUCAUUCAAGUAUCGCUUUAAGAAGGACGGCCUGAAACACAUACUGAUCAUAAACGAGGCUACGAAAGAAGACUGCGGCCACUACAGAGUCAAGACCAACGGAGGAGAGUCAGUAGCAGAACUAAUGGUGCAGGAGAAAGACCUGGAGGUUUACCAGAGCAUCGCAGACCUCACCGUGAAGGCCAAGGAAGAGGCGUUCUUUAAGUGUGAGGUAUCUGAUGAGAAGGUGAAGGGAACGUGGUACAAGAACGGUGUGGAGGUCAAGGCGAGCUCCAGAACCCAUAUCACUCACGUUGGCAGGAUUCACAAGCUGACCAUCGAUGCUGUGACCCCUGAGGAUGAGGGAGACUACACAUUCGUGCCAGAGGGCUACGCUUUCAACCUCUCUGCCAAGCUCAAUUUCCUGGAGGUGAAGAUUGAUUACGUUCCACGGCAAGAUCCUCCAAAGAUCCAUCUGGACUGUAUGGGCCGCAGUGCGGACUCUACCAUUAUAGUCGUGGCUGGCAACAAACUGCGGCUGGACGUCCCUAUCACUGGUGAUCCGGCCCCAACAGUGAUUUGGACCAAGGGAGGGAAGGCUAGUGCUGCAAAGCCAGAGGAUGCUGCAAACAAAGGAAAGGCCCCCCUCUCUUGGACCGUGAACGAGCUUGGAAAGGUGGUGUCAGAGGGAGACGGGAGAGUGCACGUGGAGAGCACCAUGGGCCACUGUGUGUUCACCAUUGAGGGGGCGGAGAGGCAGGACGAAGGGGGCUACUCGGUCAUUGUUCGCAACCCAGCCGGGGAGGACACCGCUGAAAUUAACGUAAAAGUUGUCGACGUGCCAGACCCCCCCCUGGCCCCCAGGGUGCUGAGUGUGGGUGAGGACAGCUGUGUGGUCCAGUGGGAUCCCCCUGCGUUUGACGGGGGUCAGCCUGUCAUCGGCUACGUGCUGGAGAGGAAGAAAAAACAAAGCUACAGAUGGAUGAGGUUGAACUUUGACCCCUACCCCGACACAACCUUCGAAGCCAAGAGGAUGAUCGAGGGCGUGGCCUAUGAGAUGCGGGUCUACGCUGUCAACGCCAUCGGCAUGUCGUGCCACAGCGCUGCCUCCCAGCCCUUUGUACCAGUCGCUCCUACUAGCGAGCCCAUUGGGCUGUGCAUUGAUGACAUAAGCAACACCACCAUCUCGCUGAAGUGGAGGACGCCUGAGCGGGUGGGCGCAGCUCAGCUGGAAGGAUACGGGGUUGAGUACUGCAAAGAGGGCACAGACGAAUGGGUGCCAGCCUUUGAAGGUCUGAUUGACAGAAACUCUGUGGUAAUCAAGAAUCUUUGCACUGGAGAUAAGCUGCAUUUUCGUGUGCGGGCCUACAACAUGGCUGGCCCCAGUCCCCCCGCCAGACUGGCCCAGGCCGUCAGCAUCCAGGAGAUCAUGCAGCGGCCCAAAAUCUGGAUCCCCAGAAACCUUCGGCAGACUCUGGUUAAGAAAGUUGGAGAGAGCAUCAAUCUUGUGAUUCCAUUCCAGGGUAAGCCAAGGCCCACGGUGAGCUGGAGCCGAGAUGGUGAGCCCCUGAAACCCACAGAAGUCAGCCUCCGCAACAGCGACACAGACACCAUCCUCUUCAUCCGCAUGGCGGAGAGGACACACUCUGGGAAAUAUGAUCUCCAGGUGCAGAUUGAAAACGUUGUAGACACAGCCAGCAUCCAUAUACAGAUCGUGGAUCUUCCAGGAUCCCCUCAAGACCUUAAGAUUACGGACGUGUGGAGUUUUAACGUUGCAAUUGAAUGGAAGGCACCGAAGGACAAUGGAAACUGUGAUAUUAUUGGUUACCUUGUUCGGAAGGCCGACAAGAAGACCAUGGAGUGGUUCACAGUGUUUGAGCAGCACAGACGUACCAACUGCGUGGUGUCUGACCUGGUCAUGGGGAACGAGUACGUUUUCCAAGUGCUUGCCAUAAACCAGGUCGGCCUAAGCCCAGAACCUUGCAACUCCAAGGACAGCGCCUACAUCGAGAAAGCAGGUAGCCGCUACAAAUCCCCGAACUACAAGCAGCAUGACUUCUCGGAGGCAGCUAAGUUCACCCACCCGCUGGUCAGCCGCUCUGUGAUAGCGGGGUACAACGCCACGCUCAGCUGCUCCGUUAGAGGGAUCCCUAAGCCCAAAGUGACCUGGUACAAAAACAAGAUGGACAUCUCCAACGAGGCAAAAUACAGAAUGUUCAGCAAGCAAGGCGUCCUGACCCUGGAGAUACGCAAGCCCUGCACCUUUGACGGGGGGGUCUACACCUGCAAGGCGGUGAACGACAGCGGCGAGGACGUCGUGGAGUGUAAACUCGAAGUUCGCUCUCAAAUCUAUAAAGAGGAAAAAAAGAGAGAAGAAAAAAAAGAGAAAUGUGGAGAAUCUGACUGAAGAAGAGCCUGGGAUUUCAGGGCCAAGUGGGCAAAUGUGUUCAAGAUAAAUACGAUGAUAUCCGUUGUUUUUCACAUUUUGUGUUUUGACCACUUACCAUUUUGUGUGACCUAUUUACCAAUAAUGAGAACUGUUUGUCUCAGUCUUAUUUAUCAUUCGGCUGGUUUGUGGAUUUUUGUUCUGGCAUUCAGUAUUGGUAUUCAGAAAUAAUAAAAACAUCUGUGAAAACAGUAAUUAAACGCAUUCAAUCCUAUGUUAUACUGCUAAAAAGUAGGUAGACUGAUGUGAUUACAGCCAGUUGGUUGUGAUGCAACCUAGAAGCCUGGUAACGCUUUGCUUACGACACCUCACGACAACCUAAACCUAAUCCAAUAUUAUUUGUCAUGUUAACAGCGUAUACAGUUAUGAUUACAUUUAGGCCCUCUUCGAGAUGGUUUGGUUUAGGUUACAGACUGUUAAGUUUAGGUAUUAUGUGAGGGAUGGUUAAGUUUAGGUUUGAUAGUUCAUGUUAGAGAUGGUGAUGUGUAGGUAUUUAGUUAAUGGUAGUUAAAUUUAGGUACGAGGCUAGAGAUGGUUAUCUUCAUGUAUAACGUUAGAGAGUGGUUAUAUGUGUGAUUAAGUUGAAGCGCUGUUGUAUCUCUUCUCUAAAGAUGGUUCCAAGGUAAGGGUGUUAGAAGUAUAACAGAUGUGCUCAAAGACAGGGUAUAGAGAAAUAAAAGACUAUAAUCAAAUAAGGUUAGUCGGCCGUUGGACUGGUGUAAUGGAAGGUUGUUUGACGACCACACAAUACAACACCCCGGGAUUGGAAGGCCAACACUGCUAAACUAAAUGAACGCAGCCAUAUGGGUUGGCAAAUUUAAGUGUAUUUAAGCUUUCAGGAGUGAGGUUUACCAUAGAAGACUCAUGUAAACUCUUUACAUUGUGUCUCUUUGGUCCUUCUGCAUUGCAAGAAGAUUCUUGAUUAUGGAUAUAAGUGGAAACAUUUGUUGGGCAAUGAAAUCUCCUAUAAAUACAGCACCAUCAGUAAACUCAUUUAGCAGAGGAUUUUAUAGAUUUACAUCUGAGGUUGAGAACUAUCAAAGCAAAUACAAAUGGAAACAAAAAAGGAAAUGUUAGCAAUAAUAAUCACAUUUUUACAAUACUUGUUUCAAGAGGUGACAGCCACCUGUAUAGUUAUUUCAUCUAAAUAUUAGUGUUAUAAAAAACGAUACCAGCCGGUGAGAUGUUCCCAGAAAAGACUAGUCUUCAGAUAUUUAUGAAGACCGGGAGAAAUGCAGUUUCUUAAUUUGGUCUUCGACGAAUUGUAAGUAAUUCUCUAUUCUUCCCAACUACCAGGAUAUAAUUAAAUGUAACACACCAGUCCCCUCUGUAUGUACCAAGUACGGUUUCAAAUUUGCCAAAUUAACAUACUUUGACCCUAACAAGUUUGAAUAAAGGCAAAUCAAAACCAAUUCAAAAGCUAUGCUCAGUAUCUUACCUGGGUCCACAUCAUGGGUCAUUAAGCUACU